AUGCCUCGUGCUCCAAAGCGUCGGCGCUACACACUUGAGCAAGACCUUCAGGCCCAAAUUGAAGCACAGGCCCUAGUGAGUGCACAGGUUCCAGCAGCUGGGGAGGAGGAUUCUCCUCUUCCUUCCCCCUUCAGCUCCUCCCUCUUCUCUGACUUUACCUGCACCCCCACUAAUUCCCCAUCCUCUUCCCCUAAUAUCUGCACCUUUGCUUCCUCUCCGUGCUCUUCAUCUUCUUCCUUCCACUUUUCUUACCCCUGCACCUCCUCCUCAUCCUCUCCUCUAAACCUGAGCACCUAUGAUGUAGAGGUAGAGGUGCCCGCUGCUAUAACACUGAGCAUCCCCUCGAGUCCUGUGAGAUCCUUCUCCUCCACUUCACUGAGCGUCUUAGAUGAAGACUCCAGCAGCCCAGAAGAGGGGGAAAGUCCAAGCACCUCACAGGCCUCAACAGGCACCGAGGCCUCACGCAGAGAUCCCGUACAAGAGAAGGUGACCGAUUUGAUGCAGUUCCUGCUCCUCAAGUAUCAACUGAGACAGCCCAUCACCAAAGCUGAAAUGCUGAAUGUUAUGAUCAAGAGUUAUGAGAACGAAUUCCCUUUCAUCUUUGAGAAAGCUUGUCAGUGCCUAGAGGUUUUCUUUGACAUUAAUGUGAAGGAAGUAGACCCCACCAUUCAUUCCUAUGUCCUUGUCAACUCACUGGAUCUCACCUAUGAUGAGGUAGUGAUUAGUGGUCAAGGCAUGCCCAAAAAUGGUCUCCUGAUAAUUAUCCUGGGUGUGAUUUUCCUAGAGGGUAACUCCAUCCCUGAGGAGGAGAUAUGGGAAUUGCUGAAUAUUAUGGGAAUUUAUGCUGGGAAGAAGCAUGAUAUCUAUGGGGAGCCCAGGCAGCUCAUCACCAAAGAUUGGGUACAGAAAAAGUACUUGGAGUACCGGCAGGUGCCUAGUAGUGAUCCUGCCCGCUAUGAAUUCCUGUGGGGUCCAAGAGCCCAUGCAGAAACUAGCAAGAUGAAAGUCCUAGAAUUUUUGGCCAGGCUCAAUGGGACUGACGCCAGUUCCUUCUUAACCUGUUAUGAGGAGGCUUUAAGAGAUGAGGAGGAGAGAGUUCAAGCCAGAAUUGCCCUCACAGGUAGUACUACUGAUAGUGCCCAGUGCACAGUGAUGGCCAGUAGCCUUUCCUGCCCCCAGUAA